AUGGAGGCCGCGGAGGAGAAGGUGGUGGCCGUGAUCCUUGUCGGAGGCCCAACCAUAGGGACAAGAUUUCGGCCGCUUUCCUUCAAUACACCGGAGCCAUUAUUCCCUCUUGCUGGCCAGCCGAUGAUUCAUCACCCGAUCUCCGCUUGCAAAAGGAUAUCCAACCUUGUGCAAAUUUUUUUAAUUGGAUUCUAUGAGGAGAGGGAAUUUGCAUUGUAUGUCUCUUCUAUAUCUAACGAGCUCCGAGUCCCUGUCAGAUAUUUGAAAGAAGAAAAGCCACACGGUUCGGCAGGCGGUCUUUUUUACUUUAGGGAUCAAAUCAUGGAGGACUCCCCUUCACAUAUUUUUCUUUUGAAUUGUGACGUCUGCUGCAACUUCCCUCUUCCUAAAUUGCUAGAAGCACAUAAAAUGUAUGGAGGGAUUGGCACUUUGUUGGUUAUUAAAGUUUCUGCUGAAUCAGCCAACCAGUUUGGUGAAUUGGUUGCUGAUUCAAUAACCAAAGAACUGUUGCAUUACACUGAGAAACCUGAAACUUUUGUUAGUGAUCUGAUAAACUGUGGUGUUUACGUCUUUACACCAAACAUCUUUAGUGUCAUCCAGGAGGUAUUUAUGCUUAGGGAAGGCAGAGCUGAUAUACGCCAUGCAUCUAGCUACGAAUCCCAGCAAUUCGCGACAAGGUCUCUUCCGACAGCUUUCGUUAGGUUGGACCAAGAUAUUCUAUCUCCCCUUGCUGGUAAGAAGAAGUUGUAUACAUACGAGACUGUGGACUUUUGGGAACAAAUCAAGACCCCAGGAAUGUCUAUAAAAUGUUCCGCGUUAUAUCUUGCUCACUACCGAUCUUCCUCUCCACAUCUUCUGGCUAGUGGGGAUGGAAAAAGGAGCGCUAAAAUUAUUGGGGAUGUCUAUAUUCAUCCAUCAGCUAAAGUACAUCCAACAGCAAAGAUUGGACCAAAUGUUGCCAUUUCAGCGAAUGUUCGUAUAGCUGCCGGUGUAAGGCUUACAAAUUGCAUCGUCUUAGAUGAUGUAGAAAUCAAGGAAAAUGCUUUUGUUAUGCAUGCUAUUAUCGGAUGGAAGUCAUCUCUUGGCAGAUGGUCUCGAGUUCAGGCUGAUGGGGACUACACCACAAAGCUCGGAAUUACUAUCUUGGGCGAGUCGGUUAUUGUUGAAGACGAAGUGGUGGUGACCAACACAAUAGUUCUUCAAAACAAGAUUGUCAACUUAAGUGUGCAAGAAGAGAUCAUCCUAUGA